UUAACCCAACUUCCUUCUUUCCCUCUCUAUCCUUAUUAAAUUUUUAUUUUCCAAAUAUUAAAAUAUAAUUUUAAUUUUUUUGCAUCUUCUCUCUCUCACAUCACUUCUCAAUUCUCAUCUCCUUUAUAUCACCCAUUUCUUCCAUUCAUCUCCUCUUCAGGGCUCAAUGAUUCACCAUUCCCUCAUCAAUCUCUGAGUCCUUCUUUAUUUUCCACUAAAUUAAAUAAAAACAAAAUCGAUCUAUUUACUCUUCAAUCGAACACUACUGUAUAAUACAAUCUAAUUAUAGUCAUGGCAUUAGCUCAAGAUUUAAGUAAAACCACUAAAUUAGAAAGGUAUAACAGCUAUCUACGGCGUGUCAACAAUACAAAACUGUUAGCCGCAUCAUCGAAGCUUCUAUUCCGAGCAACUUUAUUGGUCGCCCUUCUUCUUGUAUUCUUCUUUACGCUUAAUUACCCUGGAGGCGGUGAUACCCAGAAUGCAUCUAUUCAUACUACUAGCCGCUUUUUUACAUCGGGUUUUUAUGGUUCUGGUGCUGCCUGGGAGAAACAAGUCCGACAAUCCUCCACCCCGCGCCGUCCUAAUGGCUUUUCUGUACUGGUUACCGGUGCAUCCGGUUUUGUCGGUACCCAUUGCUCAGUUGCCCUUAAAAAGCGAGGCGAUGGAGUUUUGGGUCUUGACAAUUUUAACAGCUACUAUGACCCGUCCCUUAAACGCGCCAGGCAAAAGUUGCUGUCCAGGCAUCAAAUCUUUAUAGUGGAAGCAGAUCUUAAUGACACCCCAAUGUUGACUAAGUUGUUUGACAUAGUCCCCUUCACCCAUGUGCUCCACUUAGCUGCCCAAGCUGGUGUUCGUUAUGCUAUGAAGAACCCUCAAUCCUAUGUUCAAUCCAACAUUGCAGGCUUUGUUAACCUCUUAGAAGUGGCUAAAGCCGCCGAUCCUCAGCCUGCUAUUGUUUGGGCUUCUUCCAGUUCUGUCUAUGGGCUCAAUAAGGAUAAUCCCUUCUCCGAAAGGGAUCGGACUGACCAGCCCGCUAGUCUUUAUGCCGCCACAAAAAAGGCCGGAGAAGAAAUAGCCCAUACUUACAACCACAUUUAUGGGCUUUCCCUUACUGGGCUUAGGUUCUUUACUGUUUAUGGUCCUUGGGGCCGACCUGAUAUGGCUUACUUCUUUUUCACCAAGGAUAUUUUACAAGGAAAGCCCAUUAACAUUUACAAGACACAUGAUGGACAAGAGGUGGCACGUGAUUUCACAUAUAUCGACGACAUUGUGAAGGGUUGUGUGGGGGCACUUGAUACGGCAGAGAAGAGUACCGGAAGUGGAGGAAAGAAGCGAGGCCCGGCCCAAUUGAGGGUUUACAAUUUGGGUAAUACUAGUCCAGUUGGGGUUGGGAAGCUAGUUUCUAUCUUAGAAGGGUUGUUGAAUGUAAAGUCUAAGAAACAUGUGAUCACAAUGCCAAGAAAUGGAGAUGUGCCCUUCACCCAUGCUAAUGUUACCUUGGCCCGAACAGAUUUCGGGUACAAGCCCACCACUGAUUUGGCUACCGGGCUAAGAAAGUUUGUUAAGUGGUAUGUUGGUUAUUAUGGGGUACAAUCAAAGGUAAAAAAGGAAAACCCAUCCGAAGCCGAAUAACUAAUCAAUUAGAGAAACAAAAAAAACAGUAUACCAUUGAAUAGUGCAUAACCAAGAACAUGGAUUGGGAACCUCUCUUUUUUUUUACAAAAUUUUUUAUUUAAAUUUUUUCCUUUUGGUUGAGGGGAUAAAUGAUGAUGUUGUACUAUAGAUAUAGAAACUUCUUUUAAGUGUUCAUAAUAUAUUAAUAUUAUUAUUAUUAUUAUUAUUAUUA